GAGAGGGGCAGAUAGGGUGCGAACUUCUAAAUAUGCAGCAGGCCGCUAGGGCUAUAUAAAGCCAGGGGGUUGGACCUGGAGGAAGCUGCCAGGAUUGCCCACGAGUCGGCAGCUGCCUUCUCCGGAUCCGCGUUGCGCCAUGGAAACUGCGGAGAGCGCGGAGAGCGCGGAGAACACAGAGAGCGCAGCCUGCGAGCGCGCGCGCCGCCACCGCCAGCUGCCAGCCGUCCCCGACGUCCGGACGCGACGCGGGGCCGCGGACUCCGGCAGAUCCGCAGUCUUUUGGAGACCUUGGGUUAAAGCCAGAGGCGAGAAAGAGGAAGGAACACUGCAUUAUGCAGCGGAGACGAUACCCAAUGGUCCAGGAAUGAUUCAAGCCUCAGGAAAGCUUUUCCAGUACACACACCCAGUCAGGCUAUUUUGGCCAAAAUCAAAGUGUUAUGAUUACUUAUAUCAAGAAGCAGAAGCUCUUCUGAAAAUUUUUCCAAUUCAAGCCACAAUUUCAUUUUAUGAAGAUUCCGAUAGUGAAGAUGAAAUUGAGCAGCUGACUUGUGAAAAUUAAUCUAAUUAGUUACUUCUGAUGAUAUUCAAAGCUCAUGGGCUUUGGUGUAUAAAUGUAUUAUAAUCUUUUAAACUAAUUUAUUUGUAUAUAAUUUAUUAAUAAAAGGAAAUAUUAUAUAAAUAC